AUGGUUUCUCUCUGCUCCUGCUGGGACGCCUCUCCCCCCCUCUGCCCCCGACGCGGAAAGUUAAGUUUGAAGAGGGGGGAAGAGAGAAACAUCGACGUGAAGAGGAGGUUCCACCUGGAGCUGAGGAACCGGACUCCGGCAGCUGUUCGAGAACUUGUCCUGGACAAUUGCAAAUCGAAUGAUGGGAACAUUGAGGGCUUAACGGCUGAAUUUGUGAACUUAGAGUUCCUCAGUUCGAUAAAUGUAGGCUUGAUUUCAGUUUCAAAUCUCCCCAAACUACCUAAAUUGAAAAAGCUUGAGCUCAGUGACAAUAGAAUCUAUGGAGGUCUGGAUAUGUUAGCAGAAAAACUCCCAAAUCUUACACAUCUAAACUUAAGUGGAAAUAAACUGAAAGAUAUCAGCACCCUGGAACCUUUGAAAAAGUUGGAAUGUCUGAAGAGCCUGGAUCUGUUUAACUGUGAGGUUACCAACCUGAAUGACUACCGAGAGAGCGUCUUCAAGCUCCUGCCCCAGCUGACCUACCUGGAUGGCUAUGACAGAGAGGAUUGUGAAGCCCCUGACUCAGAUGCUGAGGUGGGUGGUGUGGAUGAAGAAGAGGACGAUGAAGAAGGAGAAGAUGAGGACAAGGAGGAAGAUGAGGAUGGAGAGGAAGAAGAGUUUGAUGAUGAAGAGGAUGAAGAUGAAGACAAAGAUGUAGAAGGGGAGGAGGAUGAAGAUGAAGUCAGUGGGGAGGAAGAAGAAUUUGGACAUGAUGGAGAAGUUGAUGAAGAUGAAGACGAUGAGGAUGAAGAUGAAGAUGAGGAUGAAGAAGAGGAAGAAAGCGGGAAAGGUGAAAAGAGGAAGAGAGAAACAGAUGAUGAAGGAGAAGAUGAUUAAGACCCCAAAUAACCUGCAAAAAAGAGCUGUUCAGUAUUGGUUGGACUGCUCACAUGGAUUUGGUAGCUGUUGAAAAAAAAAGAAAGAAAGAAAAAAAAAAAGUAGCUGUGAUACAAACCCCAGGACACCCACCCACCCAAAGAGCCAAAGAAAAGUUCCUGUGACAUUCCGCCUUCCUCCAUUUAGCCCCUCUUGGAA